CAUCCAUCAGUGAGAGUGAGCAGAACUCAUCAACGGUAAGGGCGGGGUAGCACCACUCGUUCCUAUUGGAGCAGACAAAGACCCAGGCAGGCCCACGAGCCUGCGGAGGAUCCGGCCAGGGUGCGGGCACCGACUGGAAGGGGGAGAGAGAUGCUUCAUUUGGUGCUUUCUUUGACAAUGACCAAAACAUCGCAAUGCCGCCAUACCUCUUAUUAUGAGACGUUUUGAUGAGGUCGACGAGGGAUUGCGGGACGGAGGAAGUCGGAGCGUAUCGCUGAGAGGAGGGGAGAAUGUACUACUUGGCUGCUGCUAGCUUUGCCUCUUCCCGACCGUGUGUGGUGGAAAUCGGCCGAAAUCAUAGCCUGCCUAUCGGGCUGUGUGGCUCCGAUGAGCGCCAGUCGUUAUAUGGCUAUAUCGUCGCGUUCCCUUUGCAGGAUUACGGGGGUAUCAUGUCUGUACUGGCUUCGGACUCCUGGUGGAAGAAGACGCUGUACAUCACCGGGGGAGCCCUACUGGCCGCUGCGGCUUACCUGCUGCACGAACUGCUGGCCAUCAGGAAGGAGCAGAAGUUGGACUCUAAGGACGCCAUCAUCCUCCACCAGUUCUCCCGCCCAAAGAACGGCGUUCCCAGCCUCUCACCAUUCUGCCUCAAGAUGGAGACGUUUCUGCGCAUGGCCGACCUGCCCUACCAGAACUACUUUGACGGGAAGCUGUCACCGCAGGGCAAGAUGCCCUGGAUAGAGUACAACCACCAGCAGGUGUCGGGGUCAGAGUUCAUGGUGGACUUCCUGGAGGAGAAGCUGGGCAUCAACCUGAACAAGAACCUCAGUCCGGAGGAGCAGGCCGUGUCACGGGCCAUCAGCAAGAUGGUGGAGGAGCAUCUCCACUGGACCAUCGCCUACUGCCAGUGGGUGGACAACGUGGAGCAGACCCGGGAGCUGCUGGCCAUGAGCGGCCCGCUCAGCGACACGCUGCGCUGGCUGCUCAGUGCGCUGAACGGCAGCGUGGUGCGCAGGGAGAUGUACGGCCACGGCAUCGGGCGCUUCUCCCAGGAGGAGGUCUACGCCCUGAUGGAGAAGGACAUGAGGACCCUGGACACCCUGCUGGGAGAUAAGAAGUACUUCAUGGGCCCUAAGAUGUCAACGGUGGAUGCCACCGUGUUCGGGCACCUAGCCCAGGCUAUGUGGACGCUACCAGGUACACGACCGGAGCAGCUCAUCAAAGGCGAGCUCAUCAACCUGGCGCUGUUCUGCGAGCGCAUGCGCCGGCGCUUCUGGCCCGAGUGGUUCGUGGACGCCGAGGACCUGUUCUUCCAGGGCGAGAGCGAGGACAGCAGCGGCAACACCAGCAGGGGCCCGUCCCCCUCGGGCCUGCUGGACUUCGGCCUGUUCUCCCGCACCGACACGCUGGAGGACAGCGACGGCAGCGGCGUCAGCCGCUCUGGGACGCACACGCACUCCCCGGGCUCGGACCACUCGCUGUUCGACUCGGACGUGGGCACGGGCUCCGACAACGACGCGCAGCUGAAGACCGCGACGAUGGAGGACGGGCCGGACGUCUGACCCGGCUGAAGAGAGGGAGUGAGAGAGACGUCUGAGGCCAAGGGUCCCCCCGACGCCGUCCCGUUAUUAUUAUUGUUACUUUUUCUUGCUCUCGAGGAGGCCGGCGAGAAACACACAGACUGGGGAAAGGGAACCUUGCUCUUGACGAUACCCUUCUGAGGUCGCCGUGUGCAUCGUGUCCGAUGGGAAGACCCGGGGAGAACCGUCCGCUACUUUGGUGUCAUGCAGAGCGUAUGAACCGAAUCCCGUUCCCCUCGUGCUACGCGGCGGCUCGUCCCAUUCCUCACGCCACAUCCGACCCUGUGGCGCCUCCUCUUAGGCCUUAUUUGUGUUGUGGUAGAAUACUAGAGCAGGGGGUGGAGGAGGAACAGGAAGGGGCUUGUUGAAGAGGGGCUUUGGGGAUGUGUGUGUGGCACAUUAUGUGGACAGAGUAGAGUAGAGCAACAGACGUGUGGUUCUGUCCUCCAUGUGUGGAACGAUGCAACAGAACCCUGGAGCGUGCAUCGAACAAUCCCAAUCCCAUCCAGCCAAUCAUAUGAAAGGUACUCCUGUCAAAGGUACUGGCUGCCAAUCAAUAUCGAGGCGCCGACCCCAUCCUCCCAGGGUUCUGGAGCGACCAAACUGGCUUCAUGAUGGAGUCUCUGGUCUGAUGAUGGGCCGAUGGUUAAACUGUGUCGUGUCAUGAUGUAGGGGGAAAUCUCUAAAGUGAAUAGCAACGGCCUUUUAAAACUUCCUCUGGCAACUCGAUUGGUCCAAAUACUAAACAAAAUAGCAUAUAUAUAUAUAUAUAUAUAUAUAUAAUGUAGGAGUUUGUAAAGACAGAGAUGCAGGCUGGUCAAUCCUUGAAAAGCAGAAAUAUACAAGUACUAAAUAUGACCACUAGAUGGCGAUAUCCCUUCAAGGUCAUAUGCCACAGAGGCCUUGGCAGCCUGCAUGUCUGUUUUAGGAGUAUGUUUAUGCAAUACGAUAUUGCUCCUUAAGUCUUAAGUUAUAGUUUAUUGUGUGUGUUUGUGUGUGAGAGAGAGAGAGAGAGAGAGAGAGAGAGAGAGAGAGAGAGAGAGAGAGAGAGAGAGAGAGAGAGAUUGUGUCUGGUUAUCCAAAUGCAAUGUAAAAAUGGUUUUAGAUCCAAUUUUAUUUACAUAUUAAUUACAAAUAAUCAUUAUUUUUUUAACCUGUGUCAAAGUUUAAUUUGUAUUAGUACUGUAUGUUCCUUUAAUGACCCUUUAACAGGGAUAUUAUUUUUGCACUAUUGAGAAUAUCACUUUCAUUAUGGUAGUAUUAUGUUGUGAUAGUUUGCAAAAGGCCAAAUGGAAAGGAAAAAAAUGUGGGUUUGGUUCACAAUAAUGACGAUUGUUUUGCGGUUGUACUAUGUUAGCAAUUUGUGUGGCCUCAUUGCGGUGUUUGAACAUAGUAGUGUUUCCACGUUUAUCAUCAAGUAAAUCCACAAGGCCUUUUAAUCAAUUAGAGUGGGGAAAUUGGGAACCAAAUUAAUCGUUACUUUUUUUUGUUCAACAACAACUAUUUGUUGUUCAACAACUACUAGGGUUCAAAUAAUCUGUAGUGAUACAAUGGACCAAAACAUUAUAGCAGGUGUUUUUGCUGCUCUCUGUUUGGCUGGUUCGCUUCCCAUUCCCUUACGGGAUUGGUCGAUUUGGUCGUCACCAUUGAACUGUUGUACUCAACCAACACAGGACGAUUUCAGACAGUGAAUCUAGAGGUAGUUAAUGAAUGAAUGAGCAUGAAAACUUGAUGGGUGAACCCACCAGCGUUCUCCUGAUGGUUGGCUCCCCGUUUGACCCAGCAGCUCUGGUGUGGUCGGGACAGCUGAGACACCCGGAACAUCUUCAUGAACAAACCGCUGCUCUCCCCUCCAGCACUGGAAUGUGCAGCUUUAUCCUUAUCGCAAUUGAUUUGUGCCGCAGCCCGAAGGGGAAUCGGAGUUGGACUGCUUUAUCAAGCCAUAUUUACAGAGGACUUCCACAGAAUGGAGAUGACACGAGGGCCGUGUUGUGCUGGGGUUUUAUGUAAAUAUGUGUGAGUAGACUGUACAAUAACGUAUGUGGAUGUGUCGAAGGAACCCUGCAACCUGUGCAGGUACAUCUUGUCAUCAAGUGAACAGAUGACCAGAAACACUCUCAACAGUUUAAUUAAAGAAUAGCUGUGACAAUUUUAAA